CGAAAGUGACGUCACCAUAGGAAGUAAACAGGAAGCAGAGUUUUGCACUUGCAGGCAUACGGUGUUGUCUGCUCGUUAAUAAAUCGCUAUUUUCAAAACAGAGUCUGCUUGCUUGCCACACUUUUGCCUCCGCUAUUAUGCAGCUCUAAACACGACGGGCAACAGAGUGUGUGGUAUGCUAAUGUGAAACCAGUAAAAAUGCACAGCCGUCUACAAGAGUUGAAAAAGGAAGAGGAGACUCUUCUCAAAAUCAAAGUCAUGCUACAGGACCAACUGAACAGGUUAAAGUUUGAAGAAGGUGCCUUGAAAUCAAUUAUUAGAGCUCAAAAUGAGGAGGCAGAACCCAAAUGCCCGUCUCCAGAAAUUGAGGAUGUCAACCUCGACGAUGAAAACAAAAUCAACUGCACCAAGCUUCUGCUGAAUACUGCUGCCGAUUACAAUAUGGAGGAGGAAGAGGAAGAAGAUGAGGAAGAAGAUGAGGAUGAUGAAGAAGAGCAGAAUGAAAAUGAUGACGAGUUUGUGUUUGUGCCCGAUGGGGAUGACGAACAUGACGACGAUUACUGAGCUGCUUGGCUUCUUCCUUCAUGCUGCAUCUAAACACUCCAAUGUCACGUUCUGUAGAUGUGUUGAUUUGUCCAACGGUGUAGUAUUUUCAUUUGAAAAGUUUAAUUUAUUGUCACUAGUUUGUGGCUUGUUGGAUUUUAGUCUGGUGCUCAUAGUAUCCUCUCCAUUACCUUGUGAAAUGCAUUCGAAUUUCAGUUAGUCGUACGAUCUUUGUUUCAAAUGUCGUUAGAAAUGUCACACCGAAAUAUCCGGUGACGUGUAGGUGCUUUAUUUUUUCUAUCCAUUUGACUAUUAGGUACCACUGUUUAGCUGAAAACUACAAAUGUUAAUGUUAAAAUGUGCCUGUUAGCACUAAAGAGUAUGGCUGGGCCAUAUAAAGAUACCAUAAGCACAAAAUAAACAAUUUUUUGUAUGUGUUUUCAUUUUC